AUGGUCCGUUCUUCUGAAUCUCUUGCAACCAAGGAUUAUACACACAGUGUUUAUUCAUCUCAAGCCGGAGAAGCUGAACGGAAACCUAACACUGGAAACAUUGAAGAAGCUGAAUCAUCAUUGCGUGAAAGCGGUUCUUUAAAUUACGAGGAAGCCAGAGCAUUGUUAGGAAGGUACGAGUAUCAGAAAGGGAACCUAGAAGCGGCCUUACAUGUUUUUGAAGGGAUAGACAUUGCUGCAGUGACUCCAAAGAUGAAAAUUACUCUUUCUAAAAUAGGAGAAACUCUUAAGAGGCGGUCCCAAAAUUUUGCAUUACCACCAAUGUCGAUACAUGCUGUUAGCUUGCUGUUUGAAGCAAUGUUUCUAAAAGCAAAAUCAUUACAGGCACUUGGGAGAUAUAAAGAAGCUGCUCAAUCAUGUACAGUUAUCCUGGACAUUGUUGAAUCUUCAUUACCAGCAGGCUUGCCUGAAAACUUUGGCGGUGACUGUAAAUUGCAGGAAACUAUAAACGAAGCUGUAGAGGUGCUUCCAGGAUUAUGGAAACUUGCUGAUUGUCCCAGUGAAGCUAUUUUGUCUUACCGUCGGGCCCUUCUACAUCAAUGGAACCUUGAUGCACAAACUACAACUAAGAUACAAAAAGAGUUUGCUAUUUUUCUUCUGUACAGUGGAGAUGAAGCAAAUCCCCCUAGUCUGCAAUCCCAAAUGGACCGUGCAUUUGUACCUAGAAACAAUACUGAGGAAGCUAUUCUUCUUUUGAUAAUUCUUUUGAGGAAAGUUACCCUCAAGAGAAUUGAGUGGGAUCCAUCAAUUUUGGAUCACCUUUCCUAUGCAUUAUCUAUAUCAGGUGGACUAAGGGCUUUAGCUAAUCAAGUGGAAGAAUUACGGCCUGGGGUUAUAGAUCGGAAAGAAAGGUAUCACAUCUUAGCUCUCUGUUUUCAUGGAGAAGGUGAUGACUUAUCUGCUUUGAAUUUAUGGCGAAAGAUGUUAAAAGGUCACGAGGAUCCUACAUGUGUUCCAUCUUUACUAUUUGCUUCAAAGAUAUGUGGGGAGAGCACGAAAUGUGCAAAAGAUGGAAUUUCUUAUGCUGGCAGUGCAAUUGAGAGCUUGCAUGGAAAAUGCCAUCAACUAGUAGGUGUUGCCAAUUGCAUGCUAGGCAAAUCACUUUCAGCAUAUUCUAGAUCAUGCGUACAAGAUAGUGAGAGGGUUAAAAGACAAUCUGAGGCUCUCAAGUCCUUGGAAAUUGCUGGGACAAUGACAAGAAUGAGCGACCCUGGUAUCAUUUACCACCUUUGCUUAGAAAAUGCCGAGCAAAGGAAGUUGGAUACGGCAUUUCAUUAUGUAAAGUGUUUGCUUAAAUUGGAAGGCGGUUUUAACCUUAAAGGAUGGAUACUGUUGUCUCGAAUAUUAUCUGCCCAGAAACGUUUUCUUGAUGCUGAAACCAUCAUUAAUGCAGCUCUAGAUCAGACUGGAAAAUGGGAUCAGGGAGAAUUGCUGCAAACUAAGGCUAAACUCCAAAUUGCACAGGAUCUAGUGAAGGAGGCCAUAGAAACAUAUACACAGCUUCUUGCUGUUCUUCAGGUUCAGAGGAAAAGUUUUGGUUUAGGGAAGAAGCAAAAGGAAAACAAAAACCACCAAAAUAAUUUAGAGAUGGAAACAUGGCACGAUCUGGCUUCCAUCUACAUAAGAUUGUCCCAGUGGCGUGAUGUUGAGAUCUGUCUUUCUAAAUCUGAGGCCAUUAGUUCUUUUUCUGCUUCUCGAUGGCAUACAGCUGGUUUGCUUCACGAAGCAAAGGGACACGACAAAGAAGCACUGAAGGCAUUUAUGCGAGCUCUUGAUGUUGAUCCAAUGCACGUUCCAAGUCUAGUCUGCAAGGCAGUGGUUCUCAGACGGAUCGAUAGCCAGUCUUCUGCAAUUGUCAGGAGCCUUCUGACAGAAGCACUUAGACUCGACAGAAUGAAUGCUUCCGCAUGGUAUAAUCUUGGCCUACUUUACAAGGAGGAGGGUGGGGCAUUGGCACUGGAAGCCGCGGAAUGUUUUGAGGCUGCUGCACUCCUCGAAGAGACGGAACCUGUACAGCCUUUCAGACGAUGA